UGCAUCUACCUGCUAUAGAAUAACCUGGGGUGUACUGAUCCUAUCAGCUGUGUAUGUAGGUGCUGAGGAAUGGGAUGACUACUGUCGGUACCGCAACGGAGUUGAUAGCACGUGUGCGAUCACCUCCGAUGGAGAGAUGAGAUGCACUCCGGCUGGUCCGGCUUGUGGCACUUUUGAAAGCUACGUCGUGAGCGAGACAGCUACAACAACUGUUCCUUCAUCAGGGCCUGAUAUCAACCAGAUCAGGAGUGAUUGUGACCGCUACUGCCAAGUGGUGAACGAUGACGAGAAUUCCUAUUGUAAAUGGUGGCUGGAAUAUGCUGUGUGCAUCGGUGGCGACCAACCCUGCGGUACGGCAGCUCUCUGCGGAAUUCCGGUUGAUGAUAAUCCUCCCGGUGGGCCCGAAGGCGACGGUCUGUAUUAUGCUGACUGUGACGCGAUGUGUCAAAGCUUGAACAAUGAUGAGGGUUCCUUCUGCAAAUGGUGGUUGAACGUUCCAGUGUGUAAACAAGGGAAUCAGCCCUGUGGCGAUGUUGAAGCAUGCAAGUCUCAAGAUUGGGCAGAACCCCAAACGACGCUCCCGAGUGUGGAGGAGUUCAGCGGGCAUCCUCAUCAUUCACCAGCUUGUGAUUCGUACUGCCAAUCGUUGAACGACGAUGACAGCUCCUAUUGUAAGUGGUGGAAAGCAGAGCCUGUUUGCCGCGGAGGCGACCAACCGUGUGGUCCGGUCAGCUGUAGUUCUGAAGCGUCCCAAACUACGGUCCUGCCUCAAGAUCGCCAUUCUGGACCUGAUCUCAACUGUGAUGCUUAUUGUAAGGAUCAGAACCCCGCAUCAACUGAUGAUGAGUCGUAUUGUAAAUGGUGGUUGCAUGUCCCUGUGUGUAAGAGCGGCGAUCAAGUGUGUAGUCCAUCUAUAUGCAGACAGUACUCUACUUCUGCUCCAUAGUACUCUCACGGUACUAUAUUAUACUCUCUAUAUUCUAUAUUUUGU